AUGCCGGAAGACAAACCCCAUCCAAUACCUUCGUGGCUCACUAAAGACUAUGUCCAAGAGAAACUUCGUGUCUAUUUCAAAAGUGAUUCCUUGAUUCUGGAGACAUUGGAUAUCAAGCCGGCAAUUGCGAAUGGAGAAAACUAUGCCAGUGUGAUGACCCGCAUCAAUGUGGAGUAUACCACAAUGGAAUCGAGGGAAAAACAGGCCACCAAUUUCCUGGUAAAGACCACAUUCGCCGACAAGGAUCCGGCUGCCCAUGUUCUCAUCAAAUAUGGUGUCUACACCCGUGAGAUGGACAUGUAUCAGCGCAUCCUGCCCAAAAUGGCGGAUUUGGUGAGGGAAGAGAUCCGGGAUCCUCGCAGGAUCUUCGCAGGUACUGUAAAUGUUGACAGAUCUACGGACUCUAUUAUUUUCGAGGAUCUUUCGCUGGAGCAUUACAAGGUGGCCUGCAGGCUAAAGAAACUGGAUCUGGAGCACACGCAUCUGGUGCUGGAGAAGUUGGCCAGUUUUCAUGCUGCAGGUGCAGUUCUUGCAGAGCGGGAAAAGGGUAUUUUCAAGGACAACUAUGAUCGUGGAUUCUACAACAAACAUACCCGGGGCUACGAACCGGUUAUGACGAAUCUUUUAAAGGCCCUCUCCCGUUCUCUUAACUUGGAUGAGGAGCUGCAUCAUCGAUAUCAGGCAAAGAUUGACCGAAUUGUCGAUCAUGUAAUGGUCUACGGUGAGAGGUCCACCACAAAUAAUCCCGGGGACUUUGUGACCCUCACCCACGGGGAUCUGUGGACCACCAACGUUAUGUUCCAGUACGACGGAAAGGGACAUCCCACCAAUGCCAUCUUUAUCGAUUUCCAAUUUAGCGUCUGGAACUCACCGGCCAUCGAUCUUCACUACUUCUUCGCCACUUCGAUCCACGACAAUCUCCGCCUGCACAAUCAACCGGAACUGAUUCAGUUUUACUACUACAAACUGAAGGAUGCUCUCAAGAAAGUGAAGUAUGCGGGUAAUAUUCCCACUUUGUUCGACUUUCAACUACAAUUUCGAGCUAGAGCAUUUUAUGCUGUCUUUGCUUCCCUGAUGUUCGAGCCCUUGAUGGUGUACAAUGGAAAGGAGGAGGCCUCCCUGGCGAAGAUAAUGUCAGAGGGCAAGAGUGGAAUGAGAUUCAAGGACGACGUCUUUCAGCAGGAGGCCUUAAGGAAGAAGCUGCAUCUUACACUUCCUCAUUUGGAGCAGUGGGGAUUGCUCGAUGAUAUGUAGAGUCUGU